GCGUAAAUAAAAAUGGAGGCCAGAAGUAGAGGAAAUCGUUUCUUCUCUCAGAGUCAGUAUAAAGACGCUCUGGAAAGCUACUCCUCAGCACUUACUAAGACUCCAAAAGACUCUCGCCUAUUCACCAACAGGGCAUUGUGUCAUAUUAAACUAGGACAAUGGUCAUCAGUCAUUGAUGAUUGUCAGACAGCCAUUCAGAUUGACCCAGCUGGCGUUAAGGCGCACUUUUAUAUCGGACAGGCUUACACUGAAUUGGGUAAUCAUGAAAGAGCAAUUGAAGCAUUUGAAACAGCUCAUAAACUUGCUAAGGAGCAGAGGAGGAAUUUCGGUGAUGACAUAGCAAGUGCUUUGAGACAAGCAAAGAGAAAAAGGUGGCAAGAAAAAGAGGAGCAAAGGUUAAACCAGCAGUCUGACCUACUUCAUCUUUUAAAUGAUUUACUCCUGAAACACAAAGAUGAGCUCUUGGCUGAGUCGAAUUCGCUGUCAAUAGAAGAGCAGGAGAGAGAGUCUGAAGUGAUCGUCAAGCAACAUGAUGAGAGGUUGAAAGAAUUGAAACGUGUCUUUGAAGAAGCUGAUGCCUCGAGAAAAAGCAGAGAUGUGCCUGAUUACCUGUGUGGUAAAAUCAGUUUUGAGCUAAUGGAGGAUCCUGUCAUCACUCCCAGUGGAAUAACAUAUGAUAGGAAAGAUAUUGAGGAACAUUUAAAUAGGGUUGGUCAUUUCGAUCCUAUCACAAGGACAAAGUUAACUUCGGAUCAACUGACAUCAAAUCUUGCAAUGAAGGAAGUGGUUGAUGCCUUUGUCACUGAAAAUGAAUGGAUUGAAGAUUACUGAACUAGAAACAACUGCAUAAUUAAACAAUACACUACUGAAUUUAUUAUUAAAAUAAUCAUAACACAUCUACAGUUAUUUGUGCUUUUUUGUCUGUGUUUAUUUUUUCAAAAUUUUUAAAUACAACUCUCCUAUGACUCGCAAA